ACUAUAAAAAAAGGGAAGAAAAAAAAGAAAUGUCUCCAACAACGGUUCUCACAAUUUGAAAUGGUGCUAGGUCCCCUGAUACUAGCCUCUGCAUUUGUAUGGACAGUGGCACUUUCUCAACAACAACCAUGUGAUUACUCUCAAGGAAGCUGGAUCAUUGAUCAUUCCAUUCCUUCCUUCUACCCUCUCUAUGAUGAUUUCAAGGAUUGUCCUUUCAUUGGUCAAGGAUUUGAUUGCCUCAUAAAUGGUAGACCUGACAAAGACUACCUCAAAUAUACAUGGAAACCCUCUACUUGUAACCUUCCAAGGUUUGAUGGUGGGAAAUUUUUGGAGAGAUACAAAGGAAAGAAGAUAUUGUUUGUGGGAGAUUCCAUAAGUAACAACAUGUGGCAAUCACUCACUUGUUUGCUUCACAUUGCAAUUCCAAACUCAAAUUAUACCUUAACACCACAAACAAAAGAACUUACUGAAUUCUCAUUUCCGGAAUAUGAAGCUUCAAUCAUGUGGUUGAAAAAUGGGUUCUUAGUUGAUUUGGUUCAUGAUAAAGAAAAAGGAAGAAUUUUGAGGUUGGAUACUAUUAGCACUGGGGACCAUUGGCAAGGAUAUGAUGUUUUGAUUUUCAAUACCUAUCAUUGGUGGACUCAUACAGGAAAGACACAAACAUGGGAUUACUUUCAAGUUGGUAAUGAGUUAAUUAAGGAGAUGGAUCAUUUGGAAGCUUUUAAGAUUGGCUUAACCACUUGGGCUAAAUGGGUUGAUUCCAACAUUGACUCUUCAAAGACUAGAGUCUUGUUUCAAGGAAUAGCUGCUUCUCAUGUUGAUGGAAAAGGGUGUCUAAGACAAAUUAAACCAGAUCAAGGAUCAAUGCCAGCUUAUCCUGGUGUAGACAUUGUAAAGAGCAUUAUAAGCAAAAUGGAGAAGCAUGUAGAAUUGCUUGACAUCACUUUGCUAACACAGUUAAGGAGGGAUGGUCAUCCAUCUAUCUACACAGGUCGUGGCAAUAGUUAUGUGGAUUGUAGUCAUUGGUGUCUUGCUGGUGUUCCUGAUACUUGGAAUCAAAUGUUGUAUGCUACUCUUCUUGAAAAAUAGUAUUUAGUUGAAGGAUUUGAUUUAAUAUAUACUAUUAAUGUAAAGGUUUUUUAUUCUAUCAGACAAUUAUAAUUAUCUGAUCAUUGAAAAUAUGUGACUUUAACUACAACUGCUUCUAAAGUUAUAUAUAUAUGAGUGGUUGUAAAUUUUGUGACA